AUGACCUUGAUCACGGUUCCCGAAGUCAAUAUCGAAGUAAGCGCUUUGGUUAUUCAGGCAGACAUCAGCGGCAUAACGAGUGACGCUCUCCGUACUCCAUUGGAUUUCAACGAUGUCGACGCGCUGUGCAUCUCGGGAUCGAAUGUGACCUUGCACUGCGCCACAUGGACCGGUUAUUCCACCGCUAUCGAUAAUGCUAACUUGACUACGGAACGAGGCCUGGAAUCGGACACUGAGAUGAAGUCCCGGUCACCGACUGUAGCAAUUCAAAUCCAUGGACCAUGGGUUCAGGCAGGGCAGAUGUUAUUGAACACGUUACAGUCUUGUAGCGUGUUCGCGCUUGCGUUGACGGACGUUUGGCAGACGCACUGGGGGAGACCGGUCCAACCCUCCAAGCCUGUGCGAAUUGGUUGCGCCUUGAAUGCCAUUGCAGCACGGGGGCUCCCUCCACGCGGUACGCGACAUCCUCUGGUCAAGAGACGGGUGGCGGACCUCCUCCACAUUGCAAAUGUCGGUCUACUGGUCUCCGCCGUAGUCCGCACGCAACUCGCGUCUCGGUCCGUCAGCAGGUUGGCGAAGUUGUUGAAUAACCCCUCAGUUCGAAUUGUCAAGGUCGUCACUCAAUGUCUCACGAUCGCGUAUGCGCUCCUCAUCUGUACCCUGGUACGUGUCUUACUUUUCCCUCCUGGGAUUGGAACCAAAUUAAUGCAAAUUGAGCAGCUUCAAAAUAAGAACGACCCCAACAUUGCCAUCGUUCCCGUGGACCACUCGUUUAUAUCCGCGUCUGCUCUGGAGGCAGAGGUAAUGAAGUUGUUGGAGAACAUGCUCAUGGUGGUGUACUCAAGCCAGGAACCUGAUAUCCUCACGGCCAUCGUCAACAACUGCAACAUUCUCAUCAAGCAACGACCUUCGUCGGUUCACUUGAUCGUUUCUUCUCUGGUUUCGUGGACGCCAGUUUCCCUUGCCGGACUACCGGCGUCUGUGAUCAGGGGCGUGGAAAAGAGCAUUCGAAUAUUACCUGUACACAUAUCCAGAGAUCCUCACAGUUCGGCCUUCGGUGCCCAGAUUAACAAAGCUUUCGCCAUACAAGUUGAACGUAUAGAACGUGCUUCCGCCGAAGAGAAAGCACCAAGGGCAGCUAUCGCAGCUGCAGCAACUGAGACAACUCGUAAACGCCCGCCUUCCUCCAUUUCUGCAGAAGAAAAAAAAGAUCCAAAAUGUCCAACAGCCGAAGUCGACAGUGGAGCGGCAAACUCUGCGGUAUUCCUUGCUGCGUUCAACUCUACCACGCUCCCGGUCAGACUCGUAACGGACCUCAUUGUUGCUAAUCUGCAAGCGUUCUCGAAGUCCGCAUUAAUGAAUUUGGUUCAAUCGUAUCGACAAAGUAGAGGAUUACCAUCCGUACCACCAGCUAAGCCCCCUCGGCCACCAGACUCUGUUGCUCGUACCGAAGGAGGAAGUGUCGACCCAUUGAAAAUGGAUAUCGAUGAAGAGGAAAUGGAGUAUGAACCGGACAAAUUGAACCUGGAAAUUUCCGCUGAAGAAGCUGCCGCCUACAAGGAUAUUCCUGACGACUGUCCCCUUGAUCUGUUAGAUUUCAAGCUCCCGUCACCCAAAGACCUCUCCGCGGACGAACGGGUCGCUCUCAUGCGGAGCGCUACCACUCGAAUAUGGGAUAGUGCGGAGGAUAUACGGCGUACAACUUCCAUGUGCAGUAGUCAGACUUCCAGUGACAUGUGGAUGGUGCUCAUCGUUCCCGUGACCACUCGCGCGGUUAUACUUCCCGGAGCAUCUGAAUCACCAAAAGACGAUGCCGAAUCGAGCGAUGCGACGGACACAACUAACGGCGUUACCCUUUGCGAAUAUAUCAUGAACGAUUUUCCUUCUAGGUUACACUUGGCGAUUACUUGGAUGAAUGAAGAGUGGCACAACGACCGCAUACGAAGUGCGGCUGACCCCGAUUGCCGCCCGAAUUACCAGUCGUGGCUAAACCAAAUCAUUUCUACGUAUCAGACCGUCCUGGAAGGCAAUGCUGAUGAAAAACCUGACAGUAAAGACAAAGCGUUCUCGAGGUUUUCGUUGGACUUGCCAGAUGUACCCUCGGACAUUUGGGACAUACUCCGUGACCUUUCCGUCAACGAUGCACGUGGGCUUCGCGAUGCUCCGAGACUUGUUUUGGAGCGGCCAUUGUUACGGGCAGAGGCAUUGCACGCGCUAUUGGAUUUGACGACUCAUCCAGAUUCGGUUGCACGGCGUGCAACUAUUAAUAUGGUGAGGCGAAACGACUGUCUCAAGAAAGCAAAGGCACUAAUGGUAAAGUGUGAGGCUGAAGUUGAUAAUAUGGAAGAUGGACAACUUCCACCGGAGGAGCUUAUCCAGACGCCAUACCUUAUCGACGAAAUACAGCUUCCGGCGGAGAAGUCGCAUGUUCUUCAACACGUCGAGCUCCUCUUCGCUCUAUCUGUCAAAAUUCCCGAGUUCUGGGAUAGGAUCGUUGUGUCGUACAGCCAAAUGGACGUCACUGUACAGGAGGCCAUACAAGAUCUCAUAAUGGCACUGAUCAAGUCGUUGGGCUGGGGCAACGGGAAACUCCUGACGCUCAUGCGGACGUGCCCGGCUGGCUCUGAAUCGUUGGCUCUUCGGGUGUUGACGAUCUUCAUGGAACACGGGCGACCGAGUGCACAGCUGGUUGCGCUGGUCAAGGGUCUCAUUUCAGAGCGCGGUCCCGAUGCACAUUUCCUGAUACCGAUCGUCGCAGAGAUGGACAAGGUGGACAUCAUGCGGCACCUCCCCCGUAUCGUCUCUACCCUCGAUGGGCAGCCGGAGCCGAAGAACUUGGUUCGGUUGGUAUUCAGCUCUAUCGUGACGACGCCUCCGCAGACGUUUGGAAGCGCGACAUCAAGUUUACUGCGUGCACGACAGAGCGAGUUGCUCACGCCUGCUGAAUUAACGGUGCUUAUGCACGAGGCUGAGAAAGAGAUUGGGUUGAUGAGCGCGAUCGAAGCCAUUGGGAUUUGUUUUUCCAUGACGGAUAUUUUCCGUUCUGAGAUCCUUGCUGUGGUGAUGCAGCAAAUUGUUGACGAACCAGUUCUUCCAGUAUUGUUCCUACGGACGUCACUCAUUCCGUUCGUCUCGACAUCACUCUUGUCGUGGUUAAUCACGAAGGAAACUGGCAAAACCCUCACUUGUGGGAGGGUUUCAUUCGUUGUGCUAAAGCGAUCGCUCCAGCUAGUUUUGGGACACUGCUCCAGCUUCCUAAAGAACAACUGCGUGAGCUAUUGGACAAGCAGCCGAAUUUAAAAUCCGGUCUGCGGGAGUACCGUUGCCAAGAGCCCAGGGAAUCAGGCGAGGGUGGCUGGGUUUCUGGAUAUCUUCGGGGACAACGAUAAUACGCCGGUGGAUGCUGUGAUUGCCAUGCCUGCAUAGCAUGCUUGUACUACUACUUUAUGUGAUCAGGAAGUUAAAGA